UUUAUUGCUCCAUUAACGUGUAUUUACAACGCAUUAUGUGGUUUAGAUCAGAAUAAGGAAUGUUUUAUAGACAUAUUUUUGUAUUCCUAGAUAAUUGUUGAUAGAGAAGUCUAUAAUAUGAUUAUUCCUUCGACGUAAAAUCACUUAAAUUCCGCAGUUAAGUACAGAAACUAAAUAGUUUAACUAACAACGAUCAACUAUCAAAGUUCUGUAAAUAAUGAGAGUUAAUUAUUUGAGUAAUAACAAUAGUUCAGAGUUGACUUCAACAGUAAUGGAUUCUGAUGAGUUUGAACUUAAAUUUAUAUGUUAAGAACGGAGUUGUCAUAAAUAAUUAUACAAUUAUAAAAUAGUUUCCACAACUUUGAAAAAUAGUCAAAAUGAAUUCAACAUCAAAUUAAACUGGUUCUACAACAUUUUAUUACAUUAAUUUUUACUGAUUAAAGUACUUAGUUCAAUAUAAACAAUAGCAACAAUGGGUUCUUCUCGACCUCCUGACAGAUCUUUAUCAAGUGGCAUAUCUUUUCCACAAUGGAUGAAAGGAAAAGUAGAUACUAGAUUUGACUUCGACCAAGGUGCUUUUAGUCCACCGUCUCAUGAUGAUAGUUUCUUUUAUAUUCCUUACACGAAAUUUGGCAAGCAAACUCCAAACCCUCAACGAGAAGGCUUUCAACCAAUCACUUCAGUUUUAAAUGAUCAAAAAUCAAAUGAACCUCAUCACAACUUGGUUGAAUCUAUAACUCCGGUAUCAAUUGCUGAUUCAAGUUUUUCUGCUAUUGAUAAACAGAUUAAUGUUGAUUUGAGCAAACAUCCACCAUCAUGUCAAUCUUUUGUUCCUCUUGUUAACGGAAAAGAUAAUGAAUUGAAAUCAUCGAAAUUUAUAACUGGUAAUAAAACUGUUGUAAAAUCGCAAGGUGUAGACAAUGAAUUACACAGUGAAGCAGGACUUUGUGGUAAAUCAAUUGUAAAUGUUGCUACUCGUAUAAUGUCACAUGCCAUGGGUAAAAAAGUUGAUUCAAAAGCUGAAACCAAGUCAGAAAAUUCAAAUGAAUUCAGUAAAGGUAGUAAAUCAUUACCAGUAAGUCCAAUAAGUACACCAAUUUCUACACCUGACAGCUCCCCUAAAUCUCGAAGGAGAUUACCACAAAAUAGAUUUUUUACGGGUGCAUUCAUACCUGAGCGUGACAAACAACAUGGAUGGAUUUUAUCAAGUAUAUUAAGUCGAUCACGAGAAAUUAUUGGAGAUAAAAUAAAUGAAGAAGAAGAAGAAGUAAUUCAAAUUGCGCCUGUUAAACCCCUCAGUAGAAAAAAAUCUAUCUCAACUCAAGAUCUUACCUAUAUUGGUGUUGAAAAAACUCCGGAAAAAAUAAAAUUUCAAGCCGAACCAUCUGAAUUACGGGAAAUGAAUUUUUGGUCUCCCACGUCAAUGUAGUACGUUCAAUGCGUGAUUAAUAUCAAUAUAAUUAUUACCUUUUACAAUAUUCUCUUUCAAACUUCUUUUUAUUGCGCUCAAAAGUCAAUUAACUAUGGUCCACAAUUUAAAUACAUAUAAUUCGGAAAUUAAAACAAUUAAGCACAGUACAUUAUUAUAUAACUUAAUCAACAGUGACGUAUGUGUUCAAAUAUGGAAACAAUUACUGUGUGUAUUCAUUGUAUAAUAGUUUUAAUCACAAAGAAUGAUUACAUAACUAUCUAGUAACUGAUCAGAAUGAAAUAAAAAUGUCGCGUCAAUAUUAUGUUUAUAAAAAUGGUUUAAAAAAUUUAAUUUUCAACAGAAAAAUUCUAGAAAAUUAAAGUGAACAAAUUAAAAUUUAAAUAACAAUUUUUAAAUGAUUAUUAUUUUAAAUAUAACAAGUAACAAACGUGAAAUAUGGACUACAUCAUGUAAUUUGUAAAAAUAUUUUUUUUUUUUUGUUUUUAUGUAUUACUGAUUUUAUUUAUUGAAAAUAAAUUUCUCACCUGUUUAAUUUUACUGUAUUACAAUGUCAUGCAAUAAAAUACAAUUAAUAUUUGGAAAGAAUUUCGGUCUAAUUAAAUACACAGAUUUUA